UUGUAACUCGGCAUGAGUUGAGUGAGAAGAGGCGGGGAGGAGGGGCGUCUGUCUGGGAUUGGUCCGCGCCGUCAGUCAGCCUCCCUGCCGUUCACAGCCGCAGCUGCAGCUUCCCGGGAUUUCUUUGUUAAACCCCGUGACGAUGAGUGAGUCUCUGGUGGUUUGUGACGUGGAUGAGGAUCUGGUGAAGAAGCUGCGGCAGUUCCGGUUCCGGAAGGAGACCAACAACGCGGCCAUCGUCAUGAAGAUCGAUAAGGACCGGCAGCUGGUCAUUCUGGACGAGGAACACGAGGACAUUUCUCCAGACGACCUGAAGGACGAACUUCCUGAGCGACAGCCCAGGUUCAUCGUCUACAGCUACAAGUACCAGCACGACGACGGCCGGGUGUCGUACCCGCUCUGCUUCAUCUUCUCCAGCCCCGUGGGCUGCAGACCCGAGCAGCAGAUGAUGUACGCCGGCAGCAAGAACAAGCUGGUGCAGACGGUGGAGCUCACCAAGGUGUUUGAGAUCAGGAACACGGAGGACCUGACGGAGGAGUGGCUCCGGGAGAAACUGGGCUUCUUCCGCUGAGCCGGCGGCGUCCGGCGGCGGUCUGGGGUGUGAGGAGGCUCCAGACCAGCUCCGCUCAUCUUCAUCGUCUUCUUCCUCUCCUCCUAACCUGUGGAAGCACCUGUCCGGAGCGGUCGGCGGCCCGGUUCGGGUUCUGCCGACGCGGUUCCGAUACAGCCGUGUUUUCGUCCCAUGUGCCAGUCAAGUGUCCGUUCCGAUGAGCGCUCCUGAUCCCGACGUCAGUCCGUCUAGAUCCUCACCUGGGAGAGUUCCAAAGCUUAGUAACCUGUUCAGAUGUCCUGGUUCUGCUGUGUGGAGGGGGUUCUGCCUUCCGCUGUUCGUCUAGAUCUUGUGUCGGUUUCGUUUUCAGUACAUUUCUCUACGUUUGCUUCCCGCCGGGACUCUUCCUGGAACCUUAACAUUCCAGUCAUGAAGUUUUCCGCUGGAGUCGGCGGCGGUGAGCGUCUUCCUGUCGCUCUCCUUUCUGCUGUAAUGAAUGUCGUGCUGCGUCUGCAUGCUCAGCCCCUCGGCUGCUUAAGAAUGUGACUGUCGGGUUGUCUGUACAGAACAGGGUUCAACCACUGGAGGUUCCCCCGUCCGGCUGAUCCAGCACCUCGUGCCAAUUCUCCAAGUCUUCACCCUCAGCCGUGCUGAGUCAGCACUUUGACGGGAAGUACACAUUAGAAAAACACAACACAGAACGUACAAAUUCACACAAAUCUCUUUUUUUAAGACUUUCACUCCAGAAACAGCCCACAUCAUGAUCCUUCCACCGCUUUUGAUCCAUUUUCUUCACUCUUUGGAAAAACCACGAAGGCCUCUUUCUUUAUCUGUCUGAGGCCUUUAGAGCAGUGGUAGGGAACUCUGGUCCUCGAGAGUCACCUUCCUGCAUGUUUUCCAAUAUACCCUGUUCUGGCAUGUUCUUAUUGGCUGGACACACCUGAACCAGGUAAUCAGACAUGAGUAGGGGCUCAAAGAAUUACCUGGUUCAGGUGUGUCCACGCAAUAAGAACAUGCCAGAACAGGGUAUAUUGGAAAACAUGCAGGAAGGUGACUCUCGAGGACCAGGGUUCCCUACCCCUGCUGUAGAGUCUCAGAUUCAGGAAGUGUUCUGUUCCACUCAGACUUUCAAAAUAAAAGUUUUUUUUUGUUUCAGUUUGAAACAACAAUUUAAAUAAACAUUUUAAAAAUUAUUUUAAGGUUUUAAAGCCACAUUUCAUCUGAAUUAAAUAAACCCUUUUAAAUAAAACACAUCUUUGAAUGAACCUUCACGUAACCAUCUGCUGAAACAGAAACGUCCAGGUUUGCUCCGUCACUCUGAUGCUUCACAGGUUGUUUUUGUCACAGUUUACACCUCAAUUUCACUAACAUUCAGGUUUUUACACAAAGAACAAAAUCCUUCUUAACUUUAGCUGCUGUAAAAACAGAAUUCUGAUAAACUAAUGUAAGUAAAACACUACAUUCUGACGUUUCACCUGUUACUGGUUUAUUUGAAUCAAAACUGUUUUCUAUUUUAGGUGGAAUGAGCUGUUGUGGUUUGUCUCUUCAGUGCUGUUUCUGCUCAGCCUUUAACCGUUGACUCUGAGAAAAUGUCUGUUUGAUCUGGAUAAGUGUUCUCUUUGGUCCAAUGCCGGUUCUGGUUCCUUUUAUUCAAACUAAAAAAACCCACAGCUGAUGACUGUCAUAACCAGCUGUCUGAUGGCAUCAAUGAAACUUGAGAUGUUUGUAUUUUUCCAUACUUUAUAAAAGUGCUUAUUGUCCUGUUGUCCAAAUAAAGACUGUGAUGUCGACCGUC